GUAGCGUGUGUAAAAAGGUACGAGUGAAGUACUUGUACUACGAAUGGUCGACAAAAACCACUAGUCCGGGGUUAGCGAGUUUCGUGUGUGAAAAGCAAGCAUUCCUUAUCCGGGGUUAGCAAUAACAAUUUGGCAUGUGUAAAAAGGAAAAAAAAUAGUACGGGGUUAAGGAUAGUACGGGGUUAGCGAUAGUCCGGGGCUAAGAAAAUCCUGUGUAAAAAGGGUAUUAGACAGCAUGGCAUACUACCAGCCGAUGGUACACACACACGUUAUUUGACAACUUGUCUCUGGAGCCAAAGUUCCUCGCAUAUAACUAUCUGCAUGCCUGCACGCAGUGUGUAUUGAACACGCACGACCACGAUCUAAUGAAUAUUCAUCGGCGAGACUGACGUCAUUUUACGAGUCUCCUUUCAAACUUGGAUCAUAAGUGCCUACCAUUUACUAGUCGCAGUUACCAUGGCUGACGAAGCUCUUGCAAAUGCUGGUUUGCACUUUGAUGACUUAAACAAAAUACGAGUAUUGGAACCUGAAAUUCAAAGCCAGACGACAGAAUUGAAAGAAGAAUGUAAAGAUUUUGUGGACAAAAUUGGAGACUUUCAGCAUAUUGUAGGAGGAUUCAUUGACAAAGUGGAUCAACUUGCAAAAGAAGUUGAGAAAGAGAAGAUGAAGGCAAUUGGAUCUAGGAACCUAUUGAAAUCUAUAUCAAAACAGAGAGAAGCACAACAGCAACAACUCCAAGCAUUGAUUGCAGAGAAGAAGACACAGCUAGAGAGGUAUCGCAUCCAAUAUGCUGCACUCCAGAAGGAAGAAGCAGAACAGAGUGAAUUCAUAGAACAAUUUAUUCUAAAUAAGUAGUGUUUUCAGACGAGGUCAUUGAUCAUGGAAAAUACUAUUUGUCCUAUACUAGUAUCCUUUAAGACAGGUGAAUGUAGAAGUAGGGUUUGAUAAAAAGUUAAGCUUGUUUAAUACUUGGUUAAUUGCUACUCAGUCUAAUUUCCAUUUUGUCUCAUCCCUCAUGGUCUAAUCUUAGUACACCUUCAACCUUCAGCUAUUUGGUCUAAUUGCUAUCUAGCCCAUUUACAAUUUUGUCUAAUUUCAUGUUUAAUAAUUUGUUUCUUUUAAUAUCUGCUUGGUUUACCACCACUUAGUAUAAUUGAUUAUGUACCAACUGUUACUUUUUGACAAGGUGCAAACUAACAAAGUGGAAAUUAUACCAUAUGAGCACUAGACUGAAUGAUACUUAGACCAAGCGAUGGAUGGAACGAAUGGUAAUUAGACCAUAUAGAGUGGGUUCAACCAUAGUGAUGUUAGACAAUCUGAGAAUUAGCCAUCUACUUGUAGACAGAGUUGGUAUAAACCAUAGGGUUACUUUGAUACAAGCAUACAUGUAAGCUGGUUAAGUCAGGCCUAAGGAUGCCAUUACCUUUACAGGGUUACACAAGAAAACAAUCCAAACAGUGAAGCGUUUGUCUUACAUUCAAGUUGACAGGAUUCAGUAGACCUAAGAAUGAAUACCUAUUUUGCUAUAGGAAUAGUUCUGAAAAAGCUAUUUAAAUAUUUCAAAUAUUGAAUUCUACUUUCUUAAUAACCAGUAAAAUUUGCAUUACCCAGUGUAGUGACGUAUUUAAAAAAAAAUUUGAAAUUACAUGAAAAAAAUUAUUUUACUGCCUAUCACUUUUGGCCCAUAAAUCAUCUCUUCAGAAUAUCAGCUUUUGCCAUGAUUGUUAACAUAUAUAGAUUCCAUUUCACUGUAGGCUGAAUAUACAUAUAGUGGAAAAGGUGUCCUCUUUUUUGUAUUUCUGAUUGAAGGUGAACUAUUUGAAUAAUUCAAAGAGUUAAAUUGUAAUCCUGGGUUUUCUAUUCAGUACAUGAAUAUUAAUUCCUCCUUCCUCCCACACUCUGGAUAUGUUACCUUGAUUUUGUUUAAUAAAGCUCUGCUCUUUGGACUACCUGACCUGCUUUCUUAUAAUCCAACAAAUAUUGAGGUAUGUCCUAAUCCUCUGUAAAGUUUGAAUAGCUUUCAAUGAUAUAUCUAGAGGUCAAUUGCAGUCAUUUUUAGAAAGCAAGACAUUUUUUAUUUCAAUUUCUACAUGCCUAUGGAAAUUUCUUCAUAAAAAUUUUAUUGGAUAGAAUAGUUGCCCUUCCCAUAAGAUCAUUGAUCAAUGAGGCACCUUAAAAGUAAAGAGGAUCUUUCAGCAAAAAGCCUACAAGAAUUUUUUCCUUACUCAUCUUCUCCAUUCAGCAGAGACAAAAUAAUGGGGAAUGCGGAGGUCUCUAAAAGAGUUUUAGCGGGAUUCUUGCUAAAAGGUGCCAGAUGUUUGUAGAAAUGUUGUAAAGAUUAUGUAUUUGUGUGCCAUUGUGCAAGAUAAGCAAGUUCCAAGGUUUCACACUUGUGCUUAAUAAUUGUCUUGUGUAUUCUUUCUUUGUUACCUCACAAAAGAUCAGUUCAUAGGUAGCCCAUAUCCCAAAUGACCUUUAAUAUCUGCAAAUAUUUCAAAAUGUAGAGAAGUGUGCACUUUAUUGAUCAGGGACUCGCAAAGAAAUAAGAGUUACUUCAUUAAUUGCUCAUUAUCCGCUUUUGAAAAUUGAAUACCUUGCAGGAAUGUACCAACAGUAGACUGAUUCUGUAGGGCAUUCCAAUUUUAGAUGCAAUUUCUAGCUACAAGCACCUUGAGACAAGCUAUUCUUUUCACUCACUUUUUAGAAUUAACAAGGUUCUGUGUUUGGAAUCUGCCUUGCACAAACUGAAUGUUGCUAUGUAAGGCAACCUUCUUGGAGUUUCAUGUCGGCAAGUUUUAUAUUUUGUUUUAAUUCACAGAUUGUACUUACGAACUAAUAUAGAAAGUACUGCGUUUGAUGUCACAGUUAGCUUAGGCAUAUUGUGUUAUACACAAGCUAGGCUAGUAAAGUAUGUUACUUGUGUAAUCAGAAUUUAGUAGAUUCCUGCAAGAUUAUCAGGGAAUCACCAGUAAAUCACAAUUUUAUUUUUGAUUAUCAAAAUGAAAACUCAUUUGAUUAAUUAAAUUCUCAUGCAAUACAUAAUAUAUUGACACUCAUAUAUUAUUCAAAUUAUGAAGUAUCCAUGAACCCUAGUCUCAAGUCCAUCCAAAUCUAAAAUGCAGGUGUCUUAUUUAACAGCUUUGCUUGUUUUAUCCUGCCUGAUGAAUGUAUGGACAAUGAUUUUCUAUAAAUUUCAUAAAUUUGUCUUUCAUGUUCUGAAAAUCUGUAAUUCCAUUUCAAACUUGAUCUGAAAUGGAAAUUCCAUUUUGUCCUACAAAAUAAACCCAGCAACUGUUUUGCAAAGGGAAAUUCAAUGAAUUUUUGCAUGAAAAAAAAACAACAGAUUUUUCACUUUGAUUCACCAGUAAAAUGGAAAAUCACUAUCGCUUUUAAUGUACAUAUAUAUUGUAAAUAUCUAUUAUUGUAAAUAAAAUGAUUUAUGCUA